AUGGGAGGCUUUGUCCUUCUUGCUCUGCUCCUUCAUGUGGCCGUGGGUCCCUUGUCCGUCGUUGCUCUGGAUGCUUGCGUCGGCCAGCCCAAUGGCACGGCCUGUGAUGAUGGCCGCGCGACGACCAUCAACGACUCGUGCCAAAAUGGUACCUGCGCGGGUGAGGACGUGUGUGAGACCGUGGUCUGCACCGCCUUGUCCGACUGCCAUGCCAUCGGUGAAUGCAUCGGCAUCAACGCUUGCUCCAAUCCCUUCAAACCGGCCGGCGCCUCCUGCGGCUCCAACGGUGGCACCUGCAACGGUGCUGGUACCUGUAAUGAGCCCGAGGACCCUUAUAUUGAGAUCGAGGACGGCAACCUCGUCCUUGCCGUAAACCGCCCCUCCAAGGGCAUCAAGUUUAAAUUUACGAACAGUGAGGUGGACGCCCAGACCCUGGCCAGCGAUGUCCAGUUUGAACGCACCCAACGUGAGGCCCUCGAGGCUCGCCUCGGCACCAGCAUCACCGCCUCCAACUAUCAAGCUCUCUCCAACCUGGUCACGACCGUUUCUACCAACACAGCACAUGAGCCCCAGGGCUUCGUCGACGUUUCCACCCUCCUCAACUCCCUCAGCCAAGCCGCAGCAAACACAGCCGACACAACUGCGGACACCAGCAACCUGGCCACCACUCUCUCCACCAACCUGGGCAACACCAUGACCUCGGUGCAGUCGCAGGGAUUGGAAAUUGACCAACACCAUGUUUCCUUGGGCCAACUCAGCCACCGCAUCGACAACGUCUCCUCCGACGUCCUGCGCCUGCAGGCUGGCAUCAUCGCCGAUCUCGUGGAUAACCACACAACGCAUCUCAACCUCACGGCUGCCCUCUCUGACCUUCUUUACGAUCUUGUGGACGACGUCGAUGCCGAAGCGGGUCGCAUCGACGAUCUCACAACACUGACAAACGACGUCAGCCUUCAACAAGCCUCAGACGCCACCAGCCUCGGUGGUCGCAUCACUGUGAAUGAGCAGGCCAUGGUCACGAUGCAAAAUUGCGCCAAUGCUGGCCAGAUUUGGGACGGCUCGGCAUGCCACGACGCGUCGGUGGUGACCAAAGACCUGCCCGAUGCUGCCUGCACUGGCACCACCGAAGGCCUGCUCCGCUACACCACCCCCCUUCACAAUCUUGAGAUUUGCAAGAGCGGUACAUGGAUGGCUCUCUCAGCCAUCGGCAUUGGCACUGAACAGUCUCUGCCUGCGAAGGACUGUGAAGACUUGUACAAGCGCGGCAUCCGUGCGGACGGUCUGUACUGGGUUUUACAGGGUGGAACAACCCCAUUUCAAGCGUUUUGCUUCCUCAACGUGGAGCAUCGCGCCGAGACUGUGUCUUUUGGCACCGGCGCCGACGGCGAUCGUGUCCUCGAUGGUGGCGUGCACGCCAUCGAAGACCUCUACCCGGGCUACAACUGGAUGACCGGCAACGUCCCCAACUGGAAUUCCCUAUCGCUCAUCAAUGGCGCCCGCCUCACUUGCAACAAAUUCAAUGACAAAACCACAGGCGGUGUUAUCAUGUUCUACGUCAGCUCACUCCUCUCCAUCUGCGAGACGUGCUCCAUUGAUGCCUCGGCGCUGGGCUGGUCCGGCGGCGCCGCCAUUUAUGGAUCCAGUGGUUACGGCGACAACGUUCGCAAUGGGCCCGGACUGGGUCCCGGUGGUGGUCGCGGUGGUGUUGGAGGUUUUAGUGGUUGGCACGGAUCUGGUGGUGGCGGUGGCUCAUUUGCCGUUGCCGGCCAGUUGGGCACCCCAGACGUUCAACGGAACAUUAAUGACAAAUCGGCUGUUGCUGGAAAGACCUACGGCGUUGAGUCCGGUCCUUUCUGGAGUCGCCCCGUCAUGGGCAGUGGUGGCGGCGCCGGUGGACCGGGCCAUCCUUCUACAUCAGCUUGCGCGCCCAAGCCUGGUGGCCACGGUGGCGGUGCUAUUCAGAUUGCUGCCCAGCAGAUCCAAAACAAUGGCAUCAUUCGAGCCAAUGGUGGAGAUGGUCUACCUCAGGGGUCCGAUUGCAGCUGGCCUGAUGGCAAUCCUCAAGUGGGUUCAAGCGGUGGCGGCUCAGGCGGUUUGGUUCGCCUGCAAACAUCUACCCAGACCAAUUCUUUCGGUGCAAUUGAGGUCGAUGGUGGCCAUCGUGGUUCGCGUCAAAGCUGGGGUAAUGAACGCAAUCGGGCUGAAGGCCAGCGGGGCGGCUAUGGCGGGGCUGGUCGCGUCUAUCGCUUGAUCGUGGACAAGAGCUGCACAGGUGUGUGCCUCCAUGGCCGCACCUGCAAGGAGCUGGAGCGCCGUGGUGAGCAGUAUGGCUAUUUUCGGGUACCCUCAGCGGAAGGCCCUAUCAGACCAGCAUAUUGCGAGGGCGAGGGCGUCGGUGUACAUUUCGGCACCGGAGCCAACAACAACCUUGAGCUCUCUGGUGGUGUUCACUUGAUGGAGGACGUCUUCCCGGGUUAUGAUCCUCGCAAGGGAAUCAUUCCCAACUAUGCCACCGUGCAACUCCGAGAUGCCGCCAUCCUAACGACGAGCGCAUAUGAUCCACGCACCAACCGCGGUGGCAUCGUGGCCUUCCGUGCCCAGACCCUCGAUAUCUGCGACUCGUGUCGCAUCGAUGUUUCGGAGCUUGGCUGGUAUGGCGCAUGGAACUUUGUUACCACAGUUGACAUUAUGGAGGACACACGAAACCAAGCUGGGUAUGGUCCAGGUGGUGGCACCGGCGGCGGCGGUGGCAACUUCAACGAUUGCAAUGCCCACGGUGCUGGUGGGGGCGGCGGCAGCUUUGGUACUCAGGGCCAAACCGGCUCGCCGGACCGUGGCCGCUGCAAUGGUGAUUAUUCGGCUGUGGGUGGUCCGACCUACGAUGUUCGCGCUGUGGUGGAUUUCAGCCCAGCUGAUGCGCCUUUGGGCAGUGGCGGCGGUGCAGGUGGUCCAGGCCAUUCCGGAACAACUGAAGCUUACUGUGCGCCUGGCGAGGGUGGUCGUGGUGGUGGUGCCAUUGUGAUUGCGGCACGCAACGUUGUGACCCACGCCUCUUUCCGUGCUGCGGGUGAGCAAGGUAACCCCAAGCAGGCUACCUGCAGGUGGGGUCAAGACAACGGCAACCCUCAGGCCGGCUCGGGUGGUGCUGGUUCAGGCGGUCUGAUUCACCUCUUUUCGGAGAACGACUACCAGCUCACCUAUGACAUCAACGGUGGUGCCCGCCCCAUGUGGCAAGAUUGGGAUGGAGACCAUGAUUCUCAACGAGGUGGCCAAGGUGCGUUCGCCUAG